UGCGUACCUACCUUACCGUGUGUGACUUGACAUCUUGGUGUCCGCCGCUCGAAGAUGGAGUUAGAGGGGCUGUUCUUGCUGCUGGAGCUCCUUCUGUACACCGGCUGCUUCAUCUGUGGGAUCGUCACCGCUGCCUCUGUCACUAUACUACAGGGUAAUUUUGGAGGCCGGUGCAUGCUGUACGGAAUCGUCAACUACAAUAAAACACAAAAUAUCAUCGGAUUGCAGUCAUCUAGCCCCACAUCCCUGUGUUCCUUUGUGUCAGCCAUAUCGGUUUUGGUGGCGGUGGUGUGUUUCUCACUGUUUAUGUACUGGUUGUACAACUGCUUCAUCGAUGGACAGAUCAGAAGGGCACGCAUUUGGAUGACCCUGACUGUGGGCGUGUGCGGUGUCUUCCUGUUCUUCUUGCUCAUCACAGGGUGCAUACUCAAGAUCGGACGGGACUCGUUGUGUGCCUCGAUCGUACAGAACGUGGGGAACAUUAGCAGGUGUGAACAGGCUCAGAAUAUAUCAUGGGGCCCGUCACUUCAUGGGAAACAGUUCUACAGCAGUCUACACCGUGCAGAGACUGCAGUGUGGGUGAACUUCUUCUUCUGGCUCAUCGUCGGCGUGCUGGAGUUCUUUCAAUGGCGCCAGAGUUCUCAGCUCAAAUUCAGGGAUUCUGCAGGUGGGCUUUUUGGUGAAUCGGCGGAAACCCCUGAGGAAUCUGAGCCGUUUUUCAAUCGUCCCAGACAGUCAUCGUAAUGUUGCGUGUUGAUGAGGUCCAGAAGCACUUUGAGACAAGGGUGGGAUUCAAACAUGCACGUGAAGAACCGCCUUGUAAGAGUGCAGUGUUAUUUUACUUUUUAUUUCACUGUGGGAAAUCUGGCCCACUGUCCACAUUUAACAGCUAAUGAUGCACCUUUACAGCAUUUAGAAAUGCUGGCAAACUCAUUUGUCAGGAUGUUUGUCAUCACUGUGCUCCACAAGUGUUUUUGCUGUUUAUUUGUGCCACCUAUAAAUGUGAAAUGUGCCCGAGAAACUUUUCCUGUAUCUGUUUUUGAUUAAUGUGGUAAUUUGCUAACGUAUUGCCCUCGAUGCCAUCCCCUUUUAUUUUAUAUGUCGUCCUUUUGAUUGAUUUUGAGUUGAGCUUUGUUUCUGCUGACAGUCGAGUGUUGAAUAAAAGCAAAGCACUGGCUACACUUUG